AUCGACGUACCUGUGAUUUACAAGAGAGGAGAGGCUGACGAUAGAUAAAAAGGGAGAAAGAGUCCGGGGUACAGGGUGUGCGCUUGAAGAGAACGAAGGAUAGAGAGAAAGGAGAAGUCCAGGAGCGACGGAAGGCAGGGAAAAAGAGAGGGAAAGAACGAGAGAAGGAGAUAGAGGAAACUGCUGGCAAGACAGAAACGGAGUAACAGAAGAAAGAGAGAGGAGGGAACGCGAGAAAAGAGAAAGGGAGACGGAAAGAUUCUGAAAGGACGGACAACCGAGCGAGAGAGAAAGAGAGAGAAGAGCAGGGAGGGAGAGGGAACCAACUCGUUGGUGCGAGAGCGAGCGACGUAUUGGUGACAGAAAGACGGACGGACAGACGGACCCCGACAGACGGACGCGGCUUCCCCUCCGCUCGUGUUCACCGAAUCACCGCCAGUUGGUCGCGCGUUACCGAGCCAAGUGGAUGUGUCCGCGAUCGUGCUCCCGGCUGAAAAAGUUCUUCCUCGUCACGCCGUAACGAAAGUGAGAGAGAGAGAGAGAGAGGGAAAGAAAGGCCUUUCUUCCCCACGCACGUUGCAUCGCCGCGAUAAACGCGAGCGUCCUCCGUCCGUUGUAUCGGUACCCGCGUGAACCUGUGAGAGAGAAAGACGCCGUAAAAGCGCAUUGUGCCCGCCGGACGUGCGCCCGGCGAACCUCCGAGCGAUUUCGUCGAGGAAAAAGGUUUAUACAAGGUGCAUCGCGAAGUGUGCGUCACCGGCAACGUAUAUACAUACGUCGCGUCUCCUCGCAGCACGGAGAAUAUUUCUCAGCGCGUCGCUUUUACCGCCGAGAUUCGAGAGGACGGUUUAGCUGGACACCACCUGGUACCCAGAAAGCAAGUGAGAUAAAGACAGGUGGCACGAGAAGGUAAGAAGCAAACAUGGGAGCGAGACAGAGCAAGAGGUCCGUGGACAUAACGACGACGCCAAAGAAGGAGGGAAUACCCGCCGAAGGUGGCGUCGUCGGCGACGCGGCUGCACCUGGCGAUGGCAAGCUGGAGAGGAUCGAGGAGGCCGACACGAAGCCUACCACCAACGGCAUAGCACCGCACACGGACUCCACCGAGGACAAAGAAAAGGACAAAGAUGAGACUACCGAAAAGGAUAAGGAGCAGCAACCGCAGCAAGAAGAAGUAAAAGCCGAGGAGACGAAGCCAGAAUCGUCUGGAGACUCUCCCGCGGAGGUUGCAGAGGUCACGACGCCCACAGAGGCCACCCCUGCCAGUCCGAACACUGCCACCUCUCCAGACAAUAAGGAAACCAAAAAGAAGGAUAAGAAGAAAAAGUGGUCCUUCAGGUCGAUCAGCUUCAGCAAGAAAGACAAGACUAAGCCGAGCCGCGAUGAAACGCCCAAGAAUGGAGACGUCACCAAGGAAGAGCCACUCGCAGAGAGUGGUGAAGACGCAGAGAACGCAACGGCCGCCGCGAGCAGUCCGGUGGAGGAGAAGUCAGCAGCGAGCAGUCCAUCGGCGGACGAGCAGGUAGCCGCGCCGACAGCAGCAGCCGCGGCCGAGCCGAAGGAAGAGGCUGCCGCAUCGUCGCCAGCAGUAACAGCCGCCGUCGCCGCUAGCCCGGUCGAGGAAAAGAAAAAGGAACCCACUCCCUCCGCCCCCACUCCCGUCCCGUCCGUCGAGGAUAAGAAAGAGGAGGCGGUCGAAAAAGUCGAGGCCGAGAAAAAAAUAGUUGAGAACGCUCCGGAAGUCGAGGCACCGGUAGAAAACAACGUCGCCCAUGAUGUUAGCACGACGGAAAGCGCCGAUGAGCCCCCUAAAGUUGCACCUCCGGCUAUCCCAACCGAGGCACCCGCCUCCCCGCCAACAGCACCAGCUAUCACCGAGGAUGUCGCCUCGGUCACCAAGGCCAUCGAGGAGAUCGACAUAAGUGAUAAAGCAGUCGCGGCGGCAGUGAACGAAGCUAUCGAAUGCAACACGAAUGAAAUCAUCGCUGACGCGCACCACCAAAACAACAUAAACGAAUAAGCGCCACUAAUCGAAUUGUAUUUUGGAAAGAAGAAAGUUCUUUUCUCUCGUUAAAACCAAAAAAGUAUAUUAUAUAGAUAUGUAUAUUUGGACCAUUCCUGCAACAGAAAAUAACGUUCUUUCGUUACGAGCAGCAAAAGGGGAAAACAGGGCGAUGACGACGAUGACGAUGACGAUGACAACGACCGCGGCAUCGCGAGAGCAUAUUAGACUCUAUAGUAGGCCUAUUAAUUAUUAGACGGUGUUUAACGGCAGGACAAACGAGAAUACGUGCGUGAAAGUCUAUGAUCAUUUAUUUAAGAACUGUUUACGUUCACUACGAGAUCAUACAUUGCAUGAACAUAUGAUUCUGAAGAAGCGCAUAUAACGUUCGUGCACGGUCUCUUUCACGGAUUAAACGACGCUCGUUUCAUUCCUUGUGGCACGCGGAAAGGGCUUUAAAAGCAUCGGAAUACUUUCGGGCCGUGUCCAGCCGCGGGUUACAACGAUCGUCCCUGCUGCGUAGAAAUUUUUAAAGUAUCAUUAACUGUUACUGAAGUAAAGUCUAAUGCUCGAACAUCGCGCGACGGACAAGCGAUAGAAGCGAUUAAUUAAGAUCGUCAAGACGAUAGGGCGAGAAUCGUUCGUCGCGCAUUCCAGAGGAAAUACUCAUUGGAUGGCGCCCUCCCGUAAUUACAUAACUAUUGUACUCUAUGAGAGCGAAAGAGUGUGAACGAGAAUGAACGUGAGACCGAAAGAAAGGGAGAGUAUGAGAGAGAAUGAAAGAAAAAGAGAGAAAGAGAAAGCCGAAAUAUAGAGGAGGAAAUCGAGAGGGCAGGCUGUGUGUGAUAUAGCGAUUGACGGUGUGAAAGGGGAAAGAGAAUGAUAGCGCGCGAAACGAGAGAUGGGGAUGCGUCUUCGCCACGAUGAGAACAGGAAAAAGAUGGAAAUACGCGAGCGAGAGAAAACUGAAAGCAGAAGCGGGCAGGAGAUUAUUCACGCGACACGCGACAAAGUUUCGUACGAAUAAGAUAUCGCGCUCACAUCGACGAUCUCGAGGGCACCCGGCAUAUUGUUUCGCUCGUAUUUCCUUCGCGGUCCUUGGUUUUCCUUUUUCCGUUUUACAUCUGUACAAUCGAGACGUUUUACGUUGUAACGAGGAACUGCACAUUUUUAACAUAUAAUUUUGAUAGGCGCGCGCGCGCACAAAAGCGCUUGCGAGAACACGAGGAGAGACACAUUAUACACCAACACACGCAAAGAGGACAUUUUACACCGCGUAUACGUAUAUACGUACCAUGGAACAUACGAGAUAAAGUAUAUACAGUAAGUCGAAAAAAAAAAAAACGAGAUGUAAGUGAUAUAUUAAUCUAGACUAUAGAGAGAAUGCGUUUGUGUAAAUUCGGCGUUUGUUCGAAACAUUGCUACUUCUCCAUACGAGAGAGAACACUUAUGACGAAGCCUAUCGUAAUUUUUAUGAUAAUCAUUAAAAAAGUAUCGCCUAAUUACAAUUUACGAGAUAUGCACAAUUUACCACCCCGGAACGGUACCUUUGUCAAGUUUUCAUACGAUGUUUCUACGUUUCUACGUUUAUACGGAUCUCCAGAAGUAAAAGAGUAAUUGUCUUACGAGAAGCUUUUUUUAUCAAGAUCGUAGCAUAGAUCAUAAAAUUGUAAACGAGAAGCGCAUUAUAGCACGUGUGAACACGCUCCGAUAUCCGGUAAUAUCGCCGAGCGAUAGAGAGGAUAAGGAUCGAGUCUUUAACUCGUAUCCGUGACCGGCAUUAAUUUCUAAGCGGUUACAUACAUAUUUACGUGUAAGGGCGGGAAAGAAGUAAAGUUAAAAGUUGUAUAGUAAAACCAUUCAUUAAAUAUAUCUGUCCGUAAAAAUGAUCUUUACAACGAAAAGAAAAAAAAAGGAAUUCAUCGUCUUCUUGUUAGGACGACACGUUUUGGCGACGAGAGCGAACUUUUUAUCGAAAUUCUUCACGAGCGAACCGAGACUGAUGAUAACCCGUACACCCGUAACAUUCUCUAGUGAUUGUUAUCACUCUGAGGCGUUGUCGAGGCAAACUCGUUUAUUUAUUUUGCGCCGGAGACUACCAAAAUUGUGAAUGAGACCUUUGAAUCGAAACCGCCUCAGACGCGAAAGUACAGUCUCCAGUAUCUUCGAUCAGCAGUUAUAAUAGUAAUUAAACUAUUCUACAUUUAUCUAUAACCUAUAAUAAACUGUGAAACAAAGUA